CGCGAGGGCUGCGUGCACGCCGGAGCUCCGAGUGAAUAACUUGUUAAGGGAGAGAGAGAGAGAAUGGAAGCAGGCGAAAUGAAGUCGUGGAGCUCACUGAGGACUGGUUAAAUCGUCUUUUUUUUUUUCUAUCGACCUUAAGAAAAAACAAAAUCUCCGAAGCGGGCAGAAAACACUUCGUUUUCUUUUAACGCGUCUUCUUUCUCUUUCCGAAUUUCGUCUCCAUCUUCCGAUCAGUGCAUCGCACUCCCCCUCUGCAUCCCGAUGCCUUGUUUUGUCUGAUGAUCGCGGACGGGGCUGACUGGGGUUGUGUUUCCAGUUGUGCGGACGGUGUGCUUUUACUACUGAAACUCCGGAUUACUGUAGACAGCCGAAGCUCCGCUUUGCAAUGUUGCCUACGGCGCGGGUAGAUUACAUUGCCCCGUGGUGGACUUACUGGCUGCACAAUUUCCCCCACGUCAACCUCAGGUUCCAGCCCGUGAACAAGAGCUUUAACCCCCAGGACGACAACUACCAGCAGUCUUUGAUAUUCUUGGUCUGUGUGGCGGCAGCAGGCCUGGGGCUCAACCUGCUCUUCCUGGCCAUCUACCUGAGCUGCCUGUGCUGCUGCCGCAAGGAGGAGGAGGAAGAGACCAAGAGGCCCAACUCCUGCUGUGUCACCUGGACGGCCGUCACCGCUGGCCUGAUCUGCUGCGCCGCGGUUGGAGUUGGGUUCUAUGGGAACAGUGAGACGAAUGAUGGAGUGUACCAGCUGACUUACUCUCUCUAUAAUGCCAAUCAUACACUGGGUGGUGUCGACAGCCUGGUUUCUGGUACCAUGGACAGCAUGCAGAGGGGCCUGAAGCAGCACCUGGAGCGACUGGAUGAGAUUUUUGCCACACGUGGGGACUACAUCCAGACCCUGCGCUUCAUGCAGCAGAUGGCUGACAACGUCAUCGUGCAGCUGACGGGCCUGCCAGAGUGGGGCCAGACCAGAGUGGACCUGGCGGCCACCGCUGUCCAGAUCAGCUAUGUGGAGUACUACAGGUGGCUGUCUUAUUUGCUUCUACUGAUUCUGGACCUGGUCAUUUGCCUGGUGGCCUGUCUAGGGCUGGCCAAGCAAUCUCGGUGGCUUCUCACUACGAUGAUGGUGUUCGGGGUGCUGACACUGAUCCUAAGCUGGGCAUCACUGGGGGCAGAUACAGCCACAGCUGUGGGUACCAGUGACUUCUGUGUGGCUCCUGACAAGUUCAUCAUGAACAUGACCCACAAUGAAAUCAGCACUGAUAUUGUGCACUACUACUUAUACUGCAGUCAGAGCAUGCCCAAUCCGUUCCAGCAGGCCCUGACUAUUUUCCAGAGGUCCCUGACCACCAUGCAGAUCCAAAUUCAGGGGUUGCUCCAGUUUUCCGUGCCCAUAUUUCCCACUGCUGAGAAGGACCUGCUUGGGAUCCAGCGCCUGUUGAACUCCUCAGAGUCCAGCCUUCACCAGCUCACUGCCCUGCUGGACUGCCGCGGUCUGCACAAGGACUACCUGGAUGCACUGAUCGGUGUGUGCUAUGACGGGGUGGAAGGCCUUCUCUAUCUCAGCCUCUUCUCUCUGCUGGCUGCCCUUGCCUUCUGUGCCAUGCUGUGUGCCAUCCCUCGUGCCUGGAGACACUUUGCCAGCAGGGAUCGGGAGUACGAUGACAUCGACGAGGAAGACCCGUUCAACCCCCAAGCGCGGCGCAUCGCGGCCCACAAUCCCACGCGUGGCCAGAUGCACAGCUUUUGCAGCUACAGCAGCAGCAUGGGGAGUCAGAGCAGCCUGCACCCCCCGGCCCAGGCCGUCUCCAACGCCCCUGUCUCCGAGUACAUGAACCAGUCGGUGCUGUUCGGGGGGAACCCUCGCUAUGAAAACGUCCCGCUGAUCGGCAGAGGUUCGCCACCCCCUUCGUACUCUCCCAGCAUGAGGGCUGCCUACCUGUCUAUGACUGAUGACCAGACAAGGCAUUUUGGGAAUGAUUUUCAGGCUUAGAUUCCCAUUUUCCCCUCCUACACCUCCAUGGCUAAGGAAUCCACCCAGUGUCGCAGUGUGUGGCAUUGCUUUGCCAACAACACUGUUGAAAUGGAAUCUGCACUGAGUGUCUGUUCUCUCUCCAGCAUGCACAAGCAUGGCUGCACAAGGGAGAGAGUCCUCAUGCCAUUCUCACAUGCCUUGAACAAAACAGAUGAAUGUUAGGUACCAGUUCGGAAGCCGGACUCGCAGUACAUUUCUUCUAAAACCAUUCCUGGCCUCUUGAAGGCACACAAACACUUAGCAUCAAAUAUAUAACUCCACAAAAGAGGUUUUCUGUUUUCCUCCCCCUGAAGCCACAAAGCUAAAUGUUCAACAAAUGAUAUUUAUAUAUCAACAAAAGUUAAGACAUUCUUUGACUGGACACACAGCUGCUUUUUUCACAUAUAGUCUUAUAUUUUUAACUGCAUCAUAUUUGAGAAAUUCAAUGUCAACGUGACAUUUCUGAAAGCAGCAAAUUCUGUGCCAAAGAAUGGUACAAAGAGAAGAACUGGGUGACCUGAAGUAAAAAAUAAAAAGCCUGUUAAAAAGCUGGAACUUGACAUAUUGUAAUUGUUUAACAAUAGCACUGGCGUUUUGUGCCAUUAUAGAAAUAUUUUUGUUGUUUUCUUCACCUAUCCUCAGUUUGAACAUGGAUUCAGGGUGAACCAGACAAUGCAGAAUCCUAUUUUCUGUCUUUCGUAUAGAGAGAGUCAGUGCUUCCAUCUGAUUUUACUGGGGGGGGGGGAAUGGAUUGAUUUUUUGUCUUUUUGUGUCUGAUCAAAACUUGCAAAUCGGCGCGUUUUAGGUAUUUGGGGCAGAAUAUUAGAAAUUACAGCUUUUAAAUGAGCAUCUUCUUCCCAUCUCUACUUUCCUUCCUCUGCUUCUUCAGCUGAGAAGCUACACGACUGUUACAUUUCUGGAUAAUCCUUUGCUUCUCUUUUCAUCUCCUCCUUUAGGCCUUUCGAAUGCCCAGUCAGAAUGUAUCCCCCCACAGUGAGAAACAAUGCAAUAUGAAGGUUUUCAAAGCCUGUACUGUAUAUUUACUGCUAAUUCCAGACAAUGGUAGUCUGUAAAAUGUAAAGGCAAGGUAAGGGAAAGGGUGAACAGGCUUCCUACAAAUAGUGAGAUUUUGAAUUUCUUUAACCUGUAUAUACACUGUACAGACUUGAGAUCCUAAAGAACUGUGGUUUUCCACACUUUUCACUUUCCACACAAUUUACUGCCCGGUGUUCUACCACUGUCUGUGCAUAGCUGUUGAACGCAUUGAAGCACAGUGCAGUUGGUGACCAUAAUGGAGGUCUUGUAACUGGAACAGGGACCAGCAAUCCUUUGUAUCCUAGAGCCUUCAAGUCUCAGUUCAUGCAAGGCAGUAGUCAUGCAGACUUGCACAGAUUUGUUUUCCUUUCUAGGCAGGAUGUCCCAUAUACAGUAGUUAAUCACCCCAGAGUGAAAAUAGACCUAAAACAAAGGUGUUUAGCACAUUUAGAUUAAAACGAAUAUUUGUUACAAGUCCUGUCGGGGGUUUACUCUGCUUACACCCAUUGCCUGCUGGGAUAGGCUCUGGCUCCCCUGUGACUCUGAAUUAGAAGAAGCAGGUAGAAAAAAUAAUAAUUUAAAUUGUGGAGAUGCAUAAUAUUAUUUACCAGGGGUCACUAAAUUUGUGGGGAUGUGUUACCACAUUUUGUCCCGAGAGUGAUUGCAAUACAUGCCCAGUCUCACACACAUCACUCCCCUCAUGUUAUUGUAGAGCUACAAUGGAAGUACUGUACAUCUUCCAAAAGUGGCCGCAGACUCUCGCUUUGCACAACGGUUUUCCUUUUAAAAAAAAAAACGUGUAUACAUCACCUUGACAAAUUAAAUACUGAGCACACGAGAGCUGAAACUCAAGCCACAAGCCUCAAUUCUGGAGCCUUGGCUCAGAAUCUUACACUAGCAGAAGGUUUAACUUUUAGUGGGUUAGUCUGGGAAAGCCGGGUUUCCUAACGUUGAUUGGAUGCUGAAGUGUUCAAAUUUGUUCCAGACCAUUAUGAUGAUUUUUGUUUCUGUACAUAAAAUGUAUAAUAACUGCAUUUUGUAUGUUCAUGUGUCACAAGUGGUUAGGCAUCUGCUGUAUAUUGUAAGUGAAUGAGGGCUGGCACAUGCUUGCCAGGAACUCUUUUGGUCAUUUGAUUCUGGGGCAGGCUGAUGUUUUCUCCUUCACAAAGUGCAUCAGUUCUUUCAUUCUAGGACCACAGAUUUCUAACAAAAUUAAAUAAUUUACUGAUUCUGUGUUCUGUAAUAAAAUAGGACUUGAGAACGUACAACUGGAUAUAUGAAGAGAAGAGAUCAGGAAAUCCCAAUCAAACUCAAAUGGCACUGUGUCAGUGUGCUUUCAAAAUGGGGUCUUAAGGGGAAGGUUACAAUUCAGCCUGAGCAGCUUCAAGUGCUUUUUCUCUUGUGUGCCAGUUUCUAGCUUUUCCAAUGUGGUUUGCAUAUACAACUGUUAUGCCAGUACUUUAAAGGCAUUGAUAAAAGCACGGCAAAUUGGGCCAAUGUGACGGGGAUACUAACGAUACUAAUGUUGCUAAUACUGUACUGUACGUCUUCCACGGGAGAAAACGCAGAACUAGCCCCUUCACCCCGAUCAAAUCUUGUUUGCCUCUUCCGUGUCUGAUAAUGUUUGACUCAAUAUAGGUAUGUUUUUUAUCCUUAGCGCCGUCGUGGUAUUUUUUCUUUUUUUUUUUUUGCUGCAUGUAAACUUGUUCCAUCGCUGCACCGUCUGCAGUCGUUGAGAGUGGUGCUUUAUUUUUAUGUAUUACGCCCCCACAGGAGGGGCAAUAAUAAUAAAAACUUUUAAAACGGUU